AUGCAAGGCGGCAAGUCGGUUUGCAUGAUGUAUGGACAGACGGGGUCCGGCAAGACGUACACGAUGAGCGGGCUCUUCCAGUACAUCUCGGACGACCUUUUUACCGAGGCCGUGGGCGACGUGGACUUUGUCGUCUCGGUCUCAGCUGUUGAGAUUGCUGGAUCGAAGUGUUAUGACCUCAUUCACGACCGCUCGAAGGUGCUUGUGUGCGACGAUGGAGAAGGCAGCACGGGCUUGGUUGGCACGACCGAAGUGGAGGCCGACUCGACCAACUCGCUAUUGGAGGUGCUCGAGGGUGUGAAGGACUUGCGCAGCACUGAAUCGACAUCAGUGAAUCACCAGUCGUCGCGCUCUCAUUUGGUGUGCUACAUUAACCUGCGUCACCGCAGUUCGAGAAAGGGGGAGCUCGGUGAUCUCUACGGGCAGCUCGUGUUACUGGAUCUCGCUGGCAGUGAGCGCAAUGAAGACUCGUUCUACCAUGACGCGGCCCGGCGAAAGGAAGCCAUCGAGAUUAACAAGAGCCACCUCGCGCUGAAGGAGUGCGUGCGGGCCAUCGGACGCGAGGACAGCACGGGCUUUGUUCCCUAUCGCGCGAGCAUGCUUACUCGUAUCUUGAAGAGCUGCCUUUGGAGCAUGAAUUCCCGGGCCAGCGUGAUUGCUACAAUUUCGCCGCUGUCGAUUGACACGGAGCACACGCUUCACACCCUGUUGUGCGCUGAGGAGCGUGUGAUUCCGAUCCGCGAGUGGGAUAACGACCAUGUGAGGAACUGGAUCUGCUCGGUGCGCAAGGGCAGGUUUGAAAAGUUUGCUCAUAACAUUAACGGCUCCGUCGAUGGCAGAAUGCUCACGCGAUUCACCCAUGCCCGGUUCACGCAACUCUGCGGCGGAAACAGCCUGGCUGGGGGCCAUCUACUGAAGGCAUUUCGAGAUGAGGUGGCUAACCAAGACAAGAUCCUGAAGGCGAAACGAGAACGCAACGCUGCUCGUCGCAAGUAGAAGCACUACCACAAAAUAAAAGAGGACUAGGCGAUAUCCUCCUACUGCUAGAGUAUUGAUCAAUGCGUCCUAGUAUGGCCACCGACGUAGCCAUCGACGCAAGCACAAGAGUAGAUCGAUAUAUAAUAGCAUUGUUAUGCGAGCAACAGGU